GCGGCGAGGAGGGGGCGGGGAGCAGAGGGCCCGAUAAAGAGCUGCGAGGCGGCCGCACCCCGCGACAGGCUCGCGGGCAGCCUCGGCGCGUCCCUUCCGUCCGGCCCGCGCCGGCGGGGAGGCGGCGCGCGGCCCGCAGCCCGCCCAUGGAGGCUUUCCCUUGGGCGCCCCGCUCGCCCCGCCGCGGCCGCGCCCCCGCGCCCAUGGCGCUCGUUCCCAGCGCCCGCUACGUGAGCGCCUCGGGCCCAACAAACCCUCAGCCCUUCAGCUCGUGGAACGACUACCUGGGGCUCGCCACCCUCAUCACCAAGGCGGUGGACAGCGAGUCGCGCCUUGGCUGCGCCAGUGGCGGUAGCGGGGACGGCGGCGGCGGCUCCCCGCCCUCGUCCUCCUCGUCGUCUUGCUGUUCCCCGCACGCGAGCGCCGGGCCCGGGAUGCUGGGACCAGCCCUGGGGCGACCCGACUACGACGAGGAGGAAGACGACGCGAGUGACGACCCGGGCUCCCGGGGCCGCUGCGUGGGGGGCGCGCUGGAGCUGCGCGCGCUGGAGCUGUGCGCGGGCCCCGCCGAGGCCGGGCUGCUGGAGGAGCGCUUCGCCGACCUGAGCCCCUUCGCGGGCCGCGCCACCGCCGUGCUGCUGGGCUGCGCGCCUGCCGUCGCCGCCGAGGGGACGCCGCGUGGGGAAAGGGCCGCGGCGUGGGCGGCUGAACCCCGGCUGCACGCGGCCCCCGGGCCGGCCGCCGCCCGACUGCUCAAGCCCGAGCUGCAGGUGUGCGUAUUCUGCCGGAACAACAAGGAGGCGGAGGCGCUCUACACCACGCACAUCCUGAAAGGGCCCGACGGGCGCGUGCUGUGCCCCGUGUUGCGCCGCUACACGUGCCCCCUGUGCGGCGCCAGCGGCGACAACGCGCACACCAUCAAAUACUGCCCUCUCUCCAAAGCGCCGCCACCACCGCCUACAGCUCGCCCGCCGCCGCGCAGCGCCCGAGACGGCCUGGCGUGCAAGAAGCUGCGCUGAGGACCA